AUGCCCGAUAAAAGCGACAAUGCCAAUAAUGCCCAAGCUCGAGGUAGCGUUGAAGGCCCUGCCAGGUCCUAUCUGUCCCAGGCCGCUCCUGUCAGGAACAGCGUCUUUGGCGUCGCGCAUAUGACCUUCUUAAAAAAUUCUCACCAUCUGCAUGAUCGACAGCCAACGGAACGGUCGACAUCGUCCACUGGAACGGCAUCUCAACGUAUAACGUCUUUACAGACGGCGCAAAGACAACUGCUUGAUCUCCGGCAGCCAGAUUGGAUUAUCACGGUGACGACAACUCGAGGCCACGAAGAGGCCGCGGCGGACGCACUCUUUCCAGUGUCCGUAACUUUCCAUCGCCGCGGUGGCCGGGCGCUACUAAACAGACACAAGCAUCUUCAGAAACAUCCACACUUCUACGAGCCGUUCGGCCAGGACUUGGAGCCAGCCGACAUAGGAUUCCUAGCUCGUGGCAUUAGGGUGGACAUAGAGCCAUGUCCUGAUAAAACUAGGAUCCGAUACAUUAUUCUGUUCAAUCGGAUCUGGAUCUGGAGCAGCUACCCAGGGCUGUAG